GUCAGGGAGAGUGAGUCAGACUGGUAGGGAAGAUCAUUUGAUGUCAGGACCAUGGAAGGGACAGAUAAUGUUUAUAUAAAUCAAGGGUUGUCCCUCAAGACAAAGGCCAAGAAGAAGGAGGCCCCAAAAGGUGCCCAAAGAUUUGAAGAGGAUGAACCUGACUAUGAAAACAUCUCUCCAACCACAAGGAGCCAGAAUAGUGCUCUGGAGCAACAAUCGAUGUCCAUCCAGCAGACUCCUGAUGCUUCAGCUCCAAGCAAUUCCCCUGGACUCUCAUCAGUGCACAAAUCUAUUCAGUGCCUUUUCCUCCUUGUGGGCCUGAGUUUCCUGCUGUGCAUUAUCCUGUUGUCUCUGAUGUUGCUGAAAAGCUCAGAUUUUUCCAUGAAGUUGAUGGGGAUGAAGAGUGAGGUGUGGAAUGUCUCUGGCAUCCUUCAGAAGGAGCAGGAUAAAUCACAGCUGUUGGAGGCAGAGAUCACUAAUAUGAAGAAAAUCAAUAAUGAAAAUAAGAUUAUGGUGAACAGUUUUAGAACAGACCUGAAGGACAAGAGCAAGACCUUGGAAAAUUUGGUUAGUCAAGUGAAAAGAUUGGAGAUGGCUCAACAAUCAGGAUCAAAUUCCAACCAUGAUUCCACCAGAUAAAGAAGAAGACCAGCCUUUCAUCUGGAAGAUUGGGCUUGUCCUGGAGCUUGGGGAGGCCAGAUCUCCCUGGCCUCAGUUUCCUUCCUGUGAUCUGGGCAUAUUUUUGUAGGGGCCAAAUUUAAUACGGGGAGAGUUAAUUGGGUGGC